GGAAGAAGUACAACAACAAAAAAUCCAUACCAGUAGGCUAUCUACAUUAAGGAGGAACGCUUCCUUUCCUGAAGAGAUAGGGCUUCGCCCAUUCAAACUGUAAUCGUAAAUAUAUAAGUAAAGCAACAAAUAAAGACUGAAAAGGCAACAUAUAUAUGCACAGUUUAAAUCUGCGGGUUCAACAAAAUAAAUUACAAAAUGUAAAGAAGAAUUAAAUUGCAUUUAUAAGCAUGCUUGCUGCGUGUGUGUCAAGCCGGUAAGAACUCUAAUUAGCAGUGCCUCACUGAUGCGAGAGCCCUCCGAAAAGACUCGCUAAUAUAAACAGGUGAAUGCGCACUCUGGAGUUAUUUAUGGGAUUCCAAUGUAGGUCGCUCUUUUCUCUGGAGAACACGCCCAAAUAGAUGAGAUAGUUAUAUAAAACCUGAGGGAAGAACAGGAGCUGCGUGGUUGAGAUCACUGCAGUCCUGCCUAGGCAUUCACAUCUCUGAAGUAACGUGUGACACGCAUACAAAUACCAAAUAAACUCAGAAAAGAAAGAGAGAGAGAGAGAGAGAGAGAGAGAGAGAGAGAGAGAGAGAGAGAGAGAGAGAGAGAGAGAGAGAGAGAGAGAGACGGGAAGCAGGGUCGCUGGAUACAGUAGUGUGAUUCUCCACUGGGAUUUACAAAUGCACACAGUGUGAGGUGACUUUGAGCACAGAGCGGGUUUCUGUUUUGUCUGUAGCCUACACCUUGACCUGGUGUUGAGCCGUCCAGCACUGAUCUUCAAAACAGAGCACCGAUAACUAUAUAGAAUUAUUAUACAGAACAAACCAUAGACAGAAAGCAAACAUCAUGAACAGGAAAACUCGGCGCUGGAUUUUUCAUAUUUUUCUCUGCCUCGGGAUUGUGUAUCUCAAAAUAGGGGGCUUUUCCUCCGUUGUAGCAUUGGGAGCGAGUAUAAUCUGUAACAAGAUUCCAGGUUUGGCCCCGAGACAGCGGGCGAUCUGUCAGAGCCGACCCGAUGCUAUCAUUGUGAUCGGAGAAGGAGCCCAAAUGGGAAUCAACGAAUGCCAGUUUCAAUUCAAAAGUGGUCGCUGGAACUGCUCAGCUCUCGGGGAGAGGACUGUCUUUGGAAAAGAGUUGAAAGUGGGGAGUAAAGAAGCAGCUUUCACCUAUGCCAUCAUUGCCGCGGGUGUUGCUCAUGCCAUCACAGCUGCCUGCACCCAAGGGAACCUGAGCAACUGUGGCUGUGACCAAAAAAAGCAAGGAUUUUACACCCAACAGGAAGGCUGGAAAUGGGGAGGCUGUUCUGCUGACAUCCGCUACGGCCUGGAUUUCUCCAAGGUGUUUGUCGACGCCAGGGAGAUCAAACAGAAUGCAAGGACACUCAUGAACUUACACAACAACGAGGCAGGACGCAAGAUACUUGAAGAGAACAUGAGAUUAGAAUGCAAAUGCCAUGGAGUGUCGGGGUCUUGCACUACUAAAACCUGCUGGACGACGCUGCCCAAGUUCAGGGAGCUGGGUUACAUUCUCAAGGAGAAGUAUAACAAGGCAGUGCAGGUGGAGCCUGUGAGGGCAACCCGCAACAAGCGCCCCACCUUCCUCAAGAUAAAGAAGCAUCCCUCCUUUCUCAAGCCCAUGGAUACAGACUUGGUGUACCUAGAGAGAUCACCCAACUACUGUGAAGAGGACCCAUUGUCGGGCAGUGUGGGGACGCAGGGACGAAUCUGUAACAAGACGGCACAGCAGACCAGUAGCUGUGACUUGAUGUGCUGUGGCCGAGGCUACAACACACACCAGUACUCUAGAGUGUGGCAGUGCAACUGCAAGUUCCUCUGGUGCUGCUACGUCAAAUGCAACACCUGCAGCGAAAGAACAGAAGUUUACACUUGUAAAUGAACACAUAUUUAUGCUUUUUUUUUUUUUUUAAAGGGGUUCUUUCACCCUGGAGAAAAAAUACAUUUGCACAUGCUCUCAACCUGUGAUCUACAAAAUUUGCAGCAAAGUCCUUGCUGUCUAUCACAGUGGAAAGCUACUGGCGGUCCCCGUCUUGAAUUGCAAGGUUUAUGUGAAGCUGCAAAGAUGACAUAUAUUCGAGAAACACAAGAGGGAUGAACGCAGUCUUACGCUAGCCUGGGACUCUAAGGCAGAAUAUGUUGUCCAAAUGUUUUAGAGAGAACACAAGGUCCUGUCGACCACGUGAAGAGAAUGGCACAUAGGUUUUGCUGAAUUUUGAGUAUUUAGUGGCGGUAUACUUCAUGGGUGUCCUGAUUAAAAACCUUGAAUGUGGACCUCACAGGGAACAGCCUCAACAGUGCCCACAGAAGGACUGCUUUCAUUGUGGAUUAUGCAGAUUUGAGCGUCUUCUUGUUUUGCCUGGAUCUCACACGGACUAGAUACAGAAAGCAUGGUUUUCCAGCGAUGAAGGUUUACCAGCUUCUUUUAUUGUGUAGCUGUUACUAGCACCUAGUUUGUGGAUGGAUCUUUGAGCAUAAUGAUUCAAACAAACAGUAAUGGUAAUAUUUAACAAUUUAUUUAGAUAAAACUAAUAUUAAUUUAUUUAAUAAUAAUAAUAAUAAUAAUAAUAAUAAUAAUAAUAAUAAUAAUAAUACAAAAAUCUACUGAUAUUGUUGGGACUGUUCUGCAGUAAAAAAAAACAAAACACUGGAACUGUACAUAGUCUUAAUCAGACAUUUCUAAUAGAUGUUUUUGGCACAGGCAUAUUUUUUUUCCUUCCCUGCAAAGCCAGGCUUUUGAUAAUGAAAACAGACAUCUAUUAUAAUAUUUUAUUUUACUGCUGUUUGCUGCUAGUUGUCUGGAAAAUCAAACUGGUCAUGAUCAUUAUUUUCUAACUACUGUAUUGACUUUUCUAGUUCAAAUAUAACUCUAAAAUGCAUGAGAAGCCCAUUUUUAAAAUGCUAUAGAAGCAAAGGUGAUACUCCAGACACAUUUCCAGCAUAUGGAAAAAAUGAACCAUAGGUUAAGAGAAUAUAUUUUGUGAGAGACUAUUUUUAUAUGAAUAUUUUAUUUAUACUAUUUCUGCUUGUAUAACUCCAUAUCCUGUAUUUGUUUUGUCUCUAAGCAGACAUACAAGCUGUAAUUGUUAAGGUAUUUAACUGCAUAGAGGCUGUUUAUAUUGGGGUCACAUCAUCAGCAAGGCUGAUACAUUCACAUGUAAUUGGUUGUUGUGUUGUAUUGCCCUAUUACCCUUCUCUUAGAUUAGUGGUUUCCGGAUGUGUGUACAAACUGCUUUGUUUACUGCAUUUCAAAACUUGCAGAGCAUGCAGAAUAAGAACAGGGUAUGUAGCACCAAUUUUGUUAGAUAGCUUGAAUCCAUGAUUGGUAUUAACUGGAUAUUCAUGUAUCCCAUUCAGAGAAAAAAACAAUCUUCCUGCUUGAUUCAGUCAUUAAACUGUGGCGUUAUGACCAGCAAA